AUGUUUGAAUUGACUGACUAUGUAUUGCAGCUUGCCCAACGAAUCGAUCAAGCUAGAAGUGAAUUUGAUGUCAAAUUUGCGGAAGCAGAGACUCAACUGGGACGAAUGAUCACCGCUUUCAAUCUUCCCAUUGCUGCUGGCUAUAGUCUUUAUUACAACAUUAGAAGCGGAUAUCAACGUGAAGCCAUGCGAUAUGACGGGGACUUCUCAAAAAUACACAAAGCAAUGGAAGCUUCGUUGGUCAGAGAAGCUGCAAAAUAUCUUUCCCCGCAAGAACUUAGGCUAUUGGAGCGUCGCUUAUGGGAACUGGACCAAAGAGAGAGCAGAAAUAUUCAGCUCGCCUAUCAACUUACUCGCUCCGAAGGGAUCUCGAAAUAA